UUGAUCUUCAUCUCAGCCAGCUCAGCUCUCGGACGGCCACCUUGUUCUCACACACACCGCAGUUGGAGUCUUUGGCCCAAAAACCUGGAAAAAAUGCCAUCUAGCCUCUGUGGUACCUGGGACAUGGUCAGCAAUGUCAACUUAGAGGGCUACAUGAUUACACUGGGUAUCAGUUGUUACUUGCGAAAAAUCGCUCAAAAGCUGAAGCAGAGGAAAGUGAUUGAGCAGCAGGGCGAUCUGUACAUCAUCAAAACCAUCAGCACCUUCAGGAACUAUGUCUUUUCCUUCAAAGUUGGUCAAGAGUUUGAGGAGUUUACCCAGGGACUGGACAACAGGCAUGUCAAGUCGCUGGUGACAUGGGAGGGGAAUAAGUUGGUGUGUCAGCAGAUUGGAGAGAAGAAGAACCGUGGCUGGACUCACUGGAUUGAAGAGGAUAAGCUGCAUCUAGAGCUCUAUUGCGAAGGACAAGUCUGCAAGCAGGUUUUUAAGAAGAACGUCAAUGAGUGAAGAUGAAAAGAUGAAUGGAAGUUUCUGUCUGAUGUCUGGAGAAAAGAAGUUAGUCUGUGCUGAUGUGUUGGAUUCACCGAUCUUAGCCCUGAAUAACGAAACCAGACUAGAGAGCAAUGUUCGUGGGUAUUUUCUUUGUAAUAGCCGGUGACGUUAAAGCUCUUUUGAAGCAAUCCCAAAGGGAAACUGUCUUUACUCUCAGCAUAGACCAGAGAGGUGUGGAUUUAUGCCUCUAGAUGGCAUCAUUGGCUCACUUUGAUCAGAUACCAGCCUGCUCUGGUCUGCUCUGGCCUGGAGCUGGAGGUGAUCUGGUAAUCACUGAUGCUGACUGCCUUCACAUUAAAAAAAUAAUAAUCAGCCUUAAACAUUUUGAUGCCACCAUGUUGCAGGCUGAAUCUCAGCUCUAUUUUGGACAAUCAGUCCUAAAAAGUCUCUGUUCACUUCAUACUUUUAUCUUAAACCCUAUGCUUUAAACGCUGUAGUUUUGUCUGUUGGGGCAAAAUGGAGAUUUUCUUGUGUUUUUACCAAGGCUCGUGCUGUCUAGUUGAUAUGUACCAAAGCUAUAUGUGAAAAUAAAACCCUGCCUC